CUCUUCCUCUGUUUAGAAAAGAAAUAGAAAAACCACAGCAUUUUCAGGGCGCCCUAGAUUUUCUCUCUUCUCUCUCUCUCUCUCUCUAAAAGCUCUUUGCUUCGGAAGGAAGAGAAACAACGCAAACGCAAUGGCCUUCGCUUCUUUCCUUGGCAGAGUCCUCUUCGCUUCCGUUUUCAUACUCUCUGCUUACCAAGAACUUAAUGAGUUUGGAGUUGACGGGGGACCUGCAGUGAAAGCACUCAGACCAAAGUUUGAUGCCUUUACAUAUCGAGUGCAUUCUCAAGUUGGCUUUCAAAUUCCAGAGAUUGAUUUGAAAUUUGUAAUUGCUGGGGCUAUUGCUCUGAAGGGCAUUGGAGGGGUUCUUUUCAUAUUUGGCAGCUCUUUUGGAGCUUUCCUUCUGCUCCUGCAUCAGAUGAUUGCUACUCCAAUCCAUUAUGAUUUUUACAAUUAUGAAAAUGACGACAAAGAAUUUACUCAACUUUUCAUCAAAUUUACACAGAAUAUGGCUCUUUUUGGGGCUCUGUUGUUUUUUAUUGGGAUGAAAAAUUCCAUUCCCAAAAGGCAACCCAAGAAGGCUCCCAAAACAAAAACCUAUUAGUAGCUGCAUUGGAGGACCCUCUUUUCAAGGAUUGUCUCGGGUUGUUUCCGGGUUCUUCAUUUUAUCCUUUUGAUCUGCCAGGAUUUGGCUCGGGUACUCUCUGGUUCAGAAUCAAUCUUUCCCUGUUGAGUUUUUGUAAUUUUGGUUUCACUCUCAGAUGGAUUAAAUUAUUGCCUAUUAUUAUUGUUAUUAUUUUUGUAUGAUCUGUUAGAACGGUGUUAGGAACUAUCUUUCAAUUGCUAAACCUGUAUCAAGAGGGAAAAACAACAGUAGCGAAGCCUUUGCGCUAAAACUUGAGUGCCAAUUUCCUCAUGUUCUUGUGAUCUUCAUGUUAAGGUCCUCAAAUCCUGGCACUUUAAGUUACUACUUAAUUGGAGUUCUGUGCGUUGGCACAUGGAUUAAUAGAGCCCUUUUGAUUUUUAUGUAUCCGUAUUUUACUUACCAGUUGGUUUCUCUACAUGCAAAACUUGUGUAUGAAUGGAUAAACUCCUUUGGGAUG